AAAUUAAAAAGAUUCAUUUAAUAAAGAAUUAUCCUUUGACAGAGUAUUUUAAAGAUUAAAAUAUUUCUUUUUAUUUUUAUCAUGUUGAGUUUAAUUGUUCGCAACUAUAGGAGAGAAGUAAAAUCAUCUAUUUCUUGCAUUCAAAGGCGAAGUUUCUUUAAUAAAUCAUCAGAAAGACAAUUCAAAAUAAAACAUAAUUUAAAUGAGAAUUGGAAGAUAAUUUAUAAAGCGCCAAUGCAGCUCUAUGUUUUAUCUGCUAGUUUUGUAACAUCAGCUUCGGCAGUGGUUGUCGGUGCUUAUUGGGUCGUUCGACUUUUUAGUAAUAAAGAACUUUCACAAAAACUAGAACCUGAACCUAUGACUGGUGGAAGGACUGUAAUGUCUGAAAGUGAUCACCAUUGGAUUGUCUUUGGUCUAGCAGGGUUAUGCAUAGCCAUGAGAUUGAUUGUUCACAAAUAUGCAUUUAAAAUAUACAGAAAUAAUUUAAAGUACGUUGCAGUUUAUGAAGGAAAUAUCCCAUUAACAAACAAAUUAGUUUAUUUUGAUAAAGGAGCAGUCAGAACACUUCCAGUGAAAGGAAUAAUGCCUUGGAGGGAAUUCCGCUAUUCAGUUAAUGGACGCUCCACAAUUUUAUUUGAUGAAUGUUUCAGGAGCGAAAGUGAGCGACUGGAUAUGCAAAUACCAGAAAAAACUCCAAAUAAAGAUGCGGAAUAA